CAGAGAACAAUAAAGAACACAGAAAUACAAGGGCGCGAUUCAAACCUACUCUCCUGCGGCGCCAGUCACCGUGCCAUUCUUAAAAGACAUGCCUGCUUUUUUACAACCGAUUGCAUAACAUCUUUUUCCAAAGCUCAAUACUGGCACCAAGCGGAACUAAGAAAUAUAUCAAUAUUAGAGAGUAAACGAAUGACCAAAUCAUAAUAGUGUUCACCAUUCUAAGGUACAGCUCAAAUAUAUAUAAGCAUAUAACAAUAUACGAAUAUUUCUGACGGUUACAAUGCCAUUCAUAAAGAUAUAACGUAACUACAGCAUACCCCUCCUAUGCCCCAUUCUCACUAGUUAAAUUGUCCUACAGCGGCCACCGUCUUGGAGACAUCAAAAUGGCGACUACCAACAUUGACCACACACUGGUGGAGCAAGAUCUUCCAGAAGCUGUGAAGUUGCUUACCAAUAUGACAGAACAGGUUGCUGCAGUUACUAGUCACAUUCAGCAUUUGAUAAGGCUUGUUCAGAAUAAAGCCUUCCAGACUGCUAAGGGACUGAGUUUUCAUGAGGUGCGCUACCACCUACUUCUCAGCUACUUGCAGGACUUAACACAAGUUUUAUUAAGGAAGAUAGAGGGACAAUCUCUCAAGGAUGCUAGUGAGAUUAUGAGGCUGGUGGAAAUUCGAACGGUCCUGGAAAAAAUGCGACCUAUUGAUCAAAAACUAAAAUACCAGGUUGAUAAACUGGUGCGAACAGCUGUGACUGGGAAAUUAGCUACAGAUGAUCCUUUGCACUUCAAGCCUCGUCCAGAGUUACUUCAAAGCAAGCUCAGUGAAUCUGAAGGGGAAUCUGCAGAUGAAGCACAUAAAUCAGAAAAAUCAGGGGAUCAAUCUGCCACUGGCAAGAAGUACAUUCCUCCAAGACUUGCUCCAAUGCAUUAUGAUGGUGACCAGACUGAUGCAGAUCGAAACAAACAAAUUUUAGACAGAGCCAAGAAGCGUGCGCUUAGUAGCUCUGUUAUCCGUGAGCUCCGGGAACAAUAUGGUGAUGCACCUGAAGAGAUCCAAGAAAGACACAUUUUUGGAAGCAUUCGCCAAAGUCAAGAAGAGCAGCACAGACUGCAAUAUGAAGAAUCCAUGAUGGUCCGUAUAGGAGUGUCAAAAAAAGAACGCUCUGCCAGAAAACGAGGCAUGAUGGGAAUGUCUUCCCAACUUCGCUCAAUCACACAGUUUGGGGAUAUUGGUGCAUUAACAGGUCAAGACAAAUCUGAUUUGGGCUUUGGUAACCCUAAACCAAAGAAGAAAAAGCACAACAGUAAGAAGAAAAAAUCCAAAGGCUUCCGGAAGUGAAAAUUGAAAGCUGGAGGUGUAAUACAUGUGAUAUUCUGCAGGAGACCCUCAGUAAAGUAUUCUCACAUUUAAAAAAUCUUUAUGUUUGACUGCUCAUCACUGUAGCAUGUGGAAUGUAACAUCUGAUUUUGUGUUGUUUUGUACAAAAUGCAUAAAGUUUUAAUUAAAGGUGAAAAAAGAAGUAA